UAAAUAAACACCCUUUCGCUUCGGUUCAGAUCUCAUCUCCGAAAUCGAAGAUGGGGAACGUCGCCGGGAAGGAGGAACUGGAGAACGGUGAUGACCCCUCCGUGAGAUCGGACGGCGAUGGGGGCCUCCCGCCUUACUCCAAUCACGUCCGGCGAGCCAACUCGGCGGACUCCAUGGGGAGCACGACGCUGGAGGGCCCCGGGCGGUCCCGAUCCCCUCUCAUGUUCUCUCCCCAGAUUCCUGUGCCUCCCUUGCUAAGAGCUACUGAUUCCCCUCCAGUUUUUAAUCAACUAUGGGUGAAUGAAGCACAAGAACCUUGGGAUGGUCCCCUUGAAAUGGGAAUUCCAACAAUGAUAUCAUGGAACCUGGGAGGAAAUGAUGUCUUAGUAGAAGGAUCAUGGGACAAUUGGACCACAAGGAAGGCUCUGCAGAGGUCAGGAAAGGUCCAUUCCAUUUUGUUGGUCCUCCCAUCUGGAGUCUACCAGUACAAAUUCAUUGUAGAUGGAGAAAGGAGAUACAUUCCUGAUCUUCCUUGCAUAACUGAUGAAAUGGGCCAGAUCACCAAUCUCCUUGAUGUCCAUGAUUAUGUUCCAGAAAAUCCAGAAAGUGUUGCCGAAUUUGAUUCCCCAUCAUCACCAGACUCUAGCUACAGUUGGUCAUCACCUUCAGAUGAGGACUUUGCAAAGGAGCCACCAGCUGUUCCACCUCAGUUGCACCUCACUGUUCUUGGGAUGCAACACUCCGAGGAAGCUUAUCUGAGACCCCAACAUGUAGUUCUCAACCACCUUUUCAUAGAGAAAGAAUGUGCUUCUCAGUCAUUGGUGUCCCUUGGCUUAACUCACAGAUUUCAAUCCAAGUAUGUGACUGUUGUCCUAUACAAGCCAGUGAGAAGGUGACGGAGCAUCUUUUGCGGCUCUAUUCAUAUGCAGUAGUAAUGCUUUUGAUGUUGCUUGAAUUUUCUUUGGUUUUGGUCAUGUUUUUUUCGCAUUUCUCACAUGGCAUCGCCAUCCAAAUGCCUUUGCUUACUCUGUUGUACUCACGUGAUGACAUCAUUUAAGGUUGAACAAGCUACUAGCCCCUUAUGCCACAUGAUUCAAAUUUUGACCAUUGUAUGCAUCAAGUAACAUGAUGAUAUGUGAGCUCUUCCAUUUUGUACCUACAAGUAAUUGUUCUUAAA